UCCCCGGGCUCCCUGGGGGGCUCUUCCCACCGCUCAGCAGGCUGGGGGCGGGGCCUAGGGAAAGAGGCGGGGCCAAGGGCGGAGCCUCGCUCCAUCCGCCCCCACUCCUGUAGCGAGGUUCCGGCGCUGGGCCGCGCGUGUGAGGAGCUGCGCUGCGGGAAGGAAGCAGCAGAUUGGACAGUCGUGAUCCUCACACGAGCUGCUUCCCCUCGCUGGCUCUGUUCCGUUCCAGGGCAGCGGCAGCAGGGACUACAGCCCUGCGCCGGGGCUGCCCCUCUCCCAGCUGGGCGCACCCCGGGAGCGAGCAGAGCGCUCCGUCUCUCCCUUGCCUUCCUGGCCCGGCGGGCAGAUGUUACCACCCACUUGAACCGGAACCUUUUAUGCACAGGCAGCCUCGGGCUGCUCGCUGCUGUGUGCGCCCGGGGAGUGCAUCCAGCCCGCUCAUUAGGAGGUGGAGGAGGAGCGCGGUAACUCAGCCGCUAGCAAUGGGGCCGUGCAUGCACCGGGCUUAGCCUGCUUGUGCAGUACAUGCCAGGGCAGGAGGAUUUAGCUGCGGCGCCCUCUGCUCGGCUGGACGUGCUUGGGGCAAGGCUUCUUGGAUGAGCCGCUGUGGGGAUCAGCCGGGGAGUGCGGCUGGAGGCAACAACAGCAGCCGCCACCGCCUCUUCCUCUCCCGCUUGAUCUUUUCUCUGCUGCUGCCCAUGGCUUCUCGCCACCGCUGGUGACGGGCUCCCACUGCAUCCUCCCGCGCCUGGCCCGCGGCGAAGGAAGAUGGGGAACACCACCUCCUGCUGCGUCUCCUCCAGCCCCAAGCUACGCAGGAAUGCCCACUCCCGGCUGGAGUCCUACCGCCCGGAGCCCGAGCUGAGCCGCGAGGACACGGGCUGCAACCUGCAGCACAUCAGCGACCGGGAGAACAUAGACGAUUUGAACAUGGAGUUCAACCCAUCAGAUCACCCCCGGGCCAGCACAAUAUUCCUCAGUAAAUCUCAAACAGAUGUGAGAGAAAAACGCAAGAGUCUCUAUAUAAACCACCAUCCUCCUGGGCAAUUGAGAAGGAAAUACAGUUCCUGCUCCACUAUUUUCCUGGAUGACAGCACAGUCAGUCAACCAAACCUCAAGUAUACAAUUAAAUGUGUAGCUCUUGCAAUAUAUUACCACAUCAAAAACAGGGACACAGACGGAAGGAUGCUCUUAGAUAUUUUUGAUGAAAACCUUCACCCCCUUUCGAAAUCUGAAGUGCCACCAGACUACGACAAACACGACCCAGAGCAGAAACAGAUUUACCGCUUUGUUCGGACACUAUUCAGUGCUGCUCAACUGACUGCUGAAUGUGCCAUUGUCACCCUGGUAUAUCUUGAAAGACUGUUAACUUACGCAGAGAUAGAUAUUUGUCCAGCAAACUGGAAGCGAAUUGUGCUGGGUGCAAUUCUACUGGCAUCCAAAGUUUGGGACGACCAGGCAGUGUGGAAUGUGGAUUACUGCCAGAUCCUGAAAGAUAUCACAGUUGAGGACAUGAAUGAGCUGGAGCGCCAGUUUCUUGAGUUAUUGCAGUUCAACAUUAAUGUUCCCUCCAGUGUUUAUGCCAAGUAUUAUUUUGAUUUGCGAUCCCUGGCCGAAGCGAAUAACCUGAGCUUUCCUUUGGAGCCCCUCAGCAGGGAAAGGGCCUAUAAACUUGAGGCCAUCUCUCGCUUGUGUGAAGACAAGUAUAAAGACUUCAGGAAAUCUACAAAGAAACGGUCAGUUAGUGCUGACAAUCUGACUGUGGUUAGAUGGUCCCCUGCCAUCAUCUCCUAACAAUGGAGUAUGGGAUAGUUCAACAGAAUGACUGUUUCAUCCAUCCAAAUUUUUUGGAGUGUAAUGGGGGAAAGACAAGACUUUGGGAUUUUUACUUUUCGAUCCGUCAAGCUGCCUUUACAGUGCCUCCCCCUUGUGUAGCACAUAAGAAUAAAAAAUUGAGUUGAAGGAGAAAUCAGUACAGUAUACAGGAAAGGAGACUGGAAGCAACUCUUCUUUUUUUGUCACUAUUCCUCACAGCUUUUACUCUUUUUGUAAGGAAACGGCUAGUCAAAUGCUUGGAAGAGGAAACAAAACAAAAAAAAAUAGAGGAGAGGCAGAAAGAGAUUAGGGGACUGUGCCAUUUUUUAAUAUGCUGUACUCUUCAACAGAAAUGACGGCGUGUAACCAAACCACACAGUAAGUUGGCUGUGCACUAUAGGAAUGGAGUUGAAUUAUUUCAUCUUAAAUUAUUCUCCUCAGUAUUGUCUAUCUUUUUUUUUCCUGCUUCCUUGGUUAUUUUUCCAGCUCUUCUGCACAGCAGCAAAUACAAGUCUGUAUCUACAGUAGCACAAACCUCUGAAUAAAUAGUAUUGGUGGUUUUUUCAUUGCACUUUUCUCCAUGAUUUGACUUAUUUGCAUUAUUCUUCAUAAUCAUUAUGCAUAUGUUAUGUUUAUAUGCCUUUUAUUGUACUUAAAAAUAUAACUUGACCAUAGUGCUGAACCAAAAGUUUAUACGAGAUCAGAUGAUCAUUCGUAAUUUCAUGACGUAUUUUAUUUAUAGUAUAUGUAAGUGUGUGUGCCUUCCUGGAAUCAUUUAUAUUUCUUUAAUAUAAAGACAGGAUUGUUGGAAGGAUUCGAUGAUGAUGAGACUUGGGCCAAAUUGUUGAAAUUUCCAUCAGAUCUUGUAGUCCUUUUUGCAAAUUUUCAUAGCAUUAGAAGUUUAGAAGAAUUCAUUAUAUAAAAGAGAGAUUUUUUUGUAUGGCCUAACUAGUUCAUUCCUUCACCUCCAGGUCCAUUGUUGCAAGCAAUAGCCUCAAUUUUUAUAUGUUUACUUUAAAUCAAAGUUAGUUUGUAUAAAAUAAAAAACUUUAAAAAAAAUUGUUCCAGUGAAAAGGUCCAUAGAAAAGCAGAAUGUUAAUCUUUACCAAGGUAUUUAUCACAGGUAGAUUGAAUUAAAAAAAAAAAACUUUCAUUUUUCAGUGUAGGUGCUUUCAGAAAUUGAAACAAAAUUCAAACUGUGAAGACCAUUUUCUGCUAUGUUGAUUAUUGUACUCUUAUUGGUUCCCUUCUCUUAUCAUGCCUAUUCCCUAAUGAGAGACACAAGAGCCUUUUAUAUCAAAUAAUGUAUCUGUGUAAAAACAUUUUUUGCUCUAUAAUGCUUGUGGGUGUCUGAUUUUAUGAAGAUUUUUUGCACAUUUUAGAAAGAUACAGUUGAAAAAUCUGGGUUCCCUGAAUUUUUUUUGCAAGUUUCCUUGAAGUGAACGGCAGCAAGACUUCCUAUAUUUGACUUGCUUUAUGCACUACUUCAGUAAAGAUAAAGAGUCCAUAUUAAUUUUAUUAAGCCCCAAGGGCUUAUAGCAGACAUAUGGGCUCAUGGAUACAUGUUCCACUCCCAGUGCAAUGCUGAUCAGAUGCCUUGAAAGUGGAGAGGCACUGAAAGGAUUGAAGUACUAAUACCAAACAGAGUUUUCUGUUAAUAUUCUAAUGUGAUAUGUAUAGUAUGAAACAUUAAAGUUUUUUGUCCACAAAUUUUCUUAGAGUCUUUCAGGGCAUUAAAAGUAAUCUAAUUCUCAUCCUUUAUCUUUGUGCCAAUGCAUCAGAACUGUGAGUACCCAGGUCCCUUUCUUUUCCUUGAACAUCAAAUGUAAAGACCACUCUUUAAAAUAAAAAAAAAUUAGAGCAUUUGAAACUCAAUUCAAAAUAUAGCUAAGGGGACAUUUUCCUAGCAUUUGGACUUUGAGAUCCCUGCCAAGUGUAAAUUUAGGUUUUACAGAUCUGUAAAAUGAUUGUUUUAUCAAGACUUUAUAAAACAAUUUUCUGUUAACUUUAUAGCAGGAAUAUUAGUUUUAUCCAUAUUUUUCAGUGAUAGAGAUAUGAACUCUGAACUAUGUAAAGAUCUCAGUGCAUCUACUAUAAUUUUUGUGGAGUUUAUUAAACUACUUUAAAGAUUGUAUAGUUUAUUUAUUGUAUGUAUGUACAUACAGUCUGAUUUAAAAAAAGUGGAUUCAGUAAAACCCGGCUCAGUCACGUUUAGACUAUUGAAUAUUGUUUUAGCCUUGUGCACUGGACUCUACCUCUGUAUAGGAGAAUUUUCCAUAUCCUUAGUUAGUUCUGAUUCUGUGAUUAACUUGGUUGUUUCUUGCACUAAGAAUUAAAAAAAAAAAUCUGCUCUGUG